AUGAGCUCACAAUUUAAGACCGUAGCUAUUGCUGGAGGUACGGGUACUUUAGGUUAUCAUAUUGCUGAGGCUUUCUUGAACGAUGGAUCUUAUAAUUUGAAGAUUCUUCGAAGAAAACCAGAAACUGAAAAUGAGAAAGCUAAAUUGUUAGCUUCUAAGGGUGCGGAAAUUGUAUAUGCGGAUUACGAUCAAAAAGAUGAUUUAGUCAAAGUACUUAAAGGAACAGAUGUUUUUGUCAGUGCUGUAAAUGGUACCUCAUUAUACGAUACUCAGGUUCCACUAUUGGCUGCUGCUAAAGAAGCUUCUGUGAAGAGGUUCAUCCCAUCCGAAUUUGGUGGCGAGUUUAAUAAAAUUGGAGUUAAUCCUCUCAUUGAUGGUAAAAUCAAAUUUCGAGAAGAAGUUGUUAAAAGUGGGCUUGAAUACACGUUCAUCUUUACUGGAUUAUUUCAAGAAUUUCUUGGCUGGUUUGGAUUUGACGUCAAGAAUAAAAAAGCUACGUUCUACGCGGAUGGCAAUAAAAAGUUACAUACCACUUCUUUGUCUGAUGUUGGCAAAUAUACCGUAGAGACGCUUAAAAUGCCGGAAGCUCGUAAUGCUGUUAUUAAAGUAGCUGGGGCUACCUUGUCAUUAAAUGAGUACCUUCAAAAGUUUGAAGAAGUUUCUGGUGAGCAUUACAGUACAUCUUUUUUUUCUAACGCAAUUUUAUUUAAAAAUGUUGGGCUAAUAAUUAUACAUUCAUGA